AGACAGAGGGACUCUCUCUCAGAAGCAAACAAGGACUUUCUCUCCUCUGUAUCUGGACAUCAUCUCAAACUCACCUGAUUUUAAAGUCCUGUCAGCAGCAGAUCGUCCUCCUCCUGCAGGUGAGACACAACACAACUUUAGCUUUGUGUUCUUCCUCAAGCUGAAGGGGAAUACCCGAGAGACCUCACAUAUUUUUAACAAUGAAACGAGACGCCUUAUAUAAGACGAGCUAAAAAAACAAACCAGAGAAGCAGUACUGUCACCUCUGUACAGGUGUGAGCGGCUGAGAGGUUAUUUACGGUUAGGUUACUCUUUGUUUCCAUGUUUGAGGUGAGAAAAAUACUGACGCCUAAAUUUAAAGCAGGAAUAUAACUAUGUAAAAAAGAUACAGAUAUUAAACAUUAGGGGACUUGUUUGCUUUGAGAUUUGUUGUAAAAUUAUUGAAGUUAUAUUAAAUUUGUAUGUUUUUGACACUUUUAAAGAUGAGUAAAAUAUUCACCCAAUAAGAUCUUACAGGAUUUUCUUUCAUAUUUAAAGUUAAUUUUCAUUUAAGGCCUCCAACAAACAGUAAAAUGUUUGUUUUGGAGUUAAAAUAGAAAAAGUUUUGUACUGAGACAUGAGUAAAGAAAGUAAAACUACCAGAAAACUACCACAUACCUUCCAUUCAUUAAAACACUCUCAAAUGUUUUUAAUUAUAUUGGAUCAUAACUUUAAAAAACUCCACCUAAAACUAAUGUGAAGACUUUUCAGCUGGUAAUAAAACAGACUGAGGGUAAAACUGACGCCUCUUCGUGACCGACAUCAGCAAACCAGAGCUUCAACUAGAGGAAUUAGCGGUUUCAUGUCAUAAUUUUUACUGCUUGUAGCCGCUGCGAAGGAUCAGAUGUGUCGGAUAAGACAGUUUACACGAGCUGAAGAAGUUGAAAAGCCUCUUUUUGCUGUUUCCACCUCUGAGUUUCCCGGUGGAAAGGAGAAAAAGCUCUGCUGGGUCUUUGUUUUAAUCACACUCAGGUGCUCUUCAGGUUCCUGUGUUACUCUUUGGAUGUGUAGAAAAAACACUCAGAGGUAUCUGUGUGGAAAUGCUUGAAGGUAACAUGACAUGACCUGCUGCGACCUCAUUUUAAUUCCACUUAAACGCUACAGAGUGCCUCAGAGCGGGUUUGAGGACAGCUGCAGUUUAUCUAGUUUGAUUGAGAAACACUUCACAUGUAAAAGAUAAGAUCAGCUGAGAUCCCAGAUUAAAGUCUUUGUCCUCAGAAACUGACUUAAGUGGCCCAAAGUGAAAAGUUUGAGCGGAUGUCAAUGUGAGGGAUACAGAGGGGAAAAUGUACAGAGUUUUCAAUUUAAAGUUGUUAAUUUUAAUUUACUUUAAUCCUAGGAAACUACAAAUAAAAGACAGUAACGCCCUUUUCCCCCCAGUUUUUUUAUCUUGAUGAUGAACAGCUGUUUGAGCGAUUUAGUUUAGAAGAAAAAAUUCCAAGUAUUACUGAAGUACUGAAAUGAAAACAUGUUUUCAGAGCUCUACACUUUAAGAAUAUUUUCACACUGUUAUCUUUUUUACUCCCACAAAUACAAUAUCCUUUUUUGUUGCUUCUCUUACACCCAAAACUUGCAGAUGUAACCAUGUUUGAUUUGCUGUGAGACUCUGCGGUGAUUAAAGAGUUAAAAUCCACAGAAACCUGAAGCUCACCUGGACAUGUGCACCGUUUUACUCCUCUUCACGGCCUUUAUUACAGAGACGUCUGAGCUCAUAGACCACGUUAACUGUAGACGGCAGAGGGAAGUGAAUAGAGGGAGGACUUAGUCAGAGUCAGUGGGUCUUCAGGUAAUAACACAUUAAUAAUCUCAGCUGGGAUGGGAAGUUUUCCAGAUCACCUUGUUUCCUUUAGACAAAAAUCAAUGUAGCGCCGCUGCUGACAGAGAUCCAAAAUCCUGUCGUUACCUGAGGAGUCAGACAAGUUUUAAAUUUUGAUGAUGUUGUUAUUGGAUUACGAGAAAACAGGUUUGCUUCUUAAUCAUUUUUUAAAAUCUGUUGACACCUUAUCAAAUUUAUAAAAGGUUCAACAAUGUUUAAUAAGAACCAAUAAAUCUUUACUCCUAGUUUUGGAUCCUCGUCCAACAAAACCUUCAUCUUUGAAGACUUAACCAUGAACUGUCUCCUUACACAAUAUAAAUGAAUCAAUAUUAAUGAUCUGAAUUCACCGCAAAUGUUUGUGAAAUGUCACCUGAAUCCAUUAAACGGUUUGAUUCGUGUUGGACAGACUUUACAGACUUCAUGACUCAGUCACAAAGAUCUGAUUCUCACAGUCUGACUUUACUCACUGGGUUAAUGAGGUUAAUAAGUUUUCUGAUUUUGAUAUUUUAAUUUGAUAUCUCAAAAAGGGUGAGGUUGGCCCAAGAGUUUGACGUAUUUCAGCUCCAAUCACAGAGUUUUAUUUUGCAGAGCCAAAUAUAUAAAAAAGGAGCGAUGCCUCAUCUCACAGCUGAUUAAACUCUCAGAUCUAAUUUGAGCACAAUGACUGCGUACAAAACACUGUCUCUAGAAAACAGACCACACAUACAGUAGUCUGAUCCAGACCAUCAGGGUCACUGAAAGACGCUCGCCAUGAGAAAAUUAAAGGUGGCUCAGGAGUCAAAAAACACGCCAACAGGAAGAAACAGAGUUUUUUUCAGGGCUUCUUCUCUUUGCUUUCACUGAAUAUUUAUGUUAAUACUGAUCCGACCACUCCUUGUUUACCAUCUCAAAGAUCGCUAAAACAAGUUAUGACAGUCUGGAGGCGUCUGUUUGACUCCUGCUCUUCAUUUACCUCAACAGCUCCUGGCUGGUGUUCAUGUAUAAACAAGGUUGCUCAAAAGCUAAUGUCUGUACAUAACUGUGAUGGUCUGAUCACACAACACAACACAACACAACACAACACAACACAACACAACACAACACAACACAACACAACACAACACAACACAACACAACACAACACAACACAACACAACACAACACAACAGCUGUUUUCUGACAGUGGGAAUGAUGAGAAUUCAGACCAAACGCUUAAGUGCCAAGAACUAUAACUGUAAAUAAAAUGUUAAUCUUUGUGAGGAAUUCACUGGUUUCAUGGACCACCACAGUCUGCAACACUUCCUCCAAUUCCACCUCUUUAUUGAUACAAAUUUAGAGUUGUCUAUUGUCCAAUUAGCAGCACGAGUAGAGACCAAGAGAGAACAGUUUUUCAGGAUCAUUGCAUCCCCUACAGUAGUGCCAUCCAUCUGUUCCUGCUGAGUCUCAGUUUCACUGUAAACAGUUAUAACGUGCAGUUGACUGUGUUUAAGUUUUCUGAUGUAAGAUUGAGUGAACUAUGUCAGGUUGGUCUUUAAGAGAAGAAGAAAACCUUUAAAGCGUUCAUCUGUUGGAUGGAGUAUAGAUCCAGCACGUCUGAUGCAUUCAAGAGAGUCAGGAAAUCCAAACACUCUGCUGGUCGAAUGAUACUGUGACCAGCUGAGUGUUAGCUCCAGUAUGAACGCUCAGACUGUCUGUUUAGUGAUAGGUUAGUUGUCCUGUAUACUCUCCAUUAAAACCGCUGUCCCACGUACACUGUUCUCCUGCUGCUGACAACAAAUGCUGUACAAACAGACACCUGAACUCUUCCUAUUGUACCCGCCCUUUUUAUCAAGGAUCUGUAAAUAUUGAUAAGUCAAGGUCAAAUACACUUCCUGCUGUAAACCCAACAGUCAAGGUGUCUUCACAUUUAUCAGGACAGUGAGAGCAGACAGAGCAUCAACAAACAGCAGGACGUGAUCAAAGAGCUGCGACAGUUUGGUCAUGUCCCACUGACAUCUCUGUGAUAUGACCCGUCAGUAAAGUCCUGUUCUGGGGAAGUUGUGAGUCAUCUUUGCUGGGACAUGUUGAGGCUGUUAUCAGCUGCAGUAUUCACCUUUACAAUGCAAAAAGGCAGUAAAAUUUACAAACUAGUCGGACAACUUCCUUAAAUAGACACAAACACGAUGAGUUUUAUGGUUUUAGUGAGAGAGGGCAGGAGGAAGUUGAAGAGCUAAAGCUAGUAGAGAUAAUGUCUUUACGGAUCAAGACUUCAUGUGAUAUUUCAGGUUUUCUAAUUAGCCUCUGCGGCAGAGUGAAGGAGUCAGGAUGUGGAGAACGACACUAACCUGCAGUUAUUAAGAUGGCAUUAACACAGCUGAAGGAGAUGCAGAUUUUACACCUGUAACAUGCUGCAUCAAAAACAACGUCCUUAUUUCUGUGCAACAGUGGCUGGUACAACUGUAGAAACACAGCAAAGAAGCAAAAGGAGCUUUGGCACAGCUCAGGGAAAAGGACGGUGCAUUUAACAGCGCUAUAUUUUUGAUUGUGAUUGGUGGUGCGCUCGCGUUUAACGAGGAAGAAAAGUUCAGAAACUGCACCACUGCCAACAGUAUUCAGGAUGUAAAGAGUCCCAGAAUGCCUUGCACAGCGAGGCGUCCAUUAGCAGUGCACAUUGUGGAAGUUGCUUGGGUUCAGAUUCUCAGCAACUCAGAUUUAAACCUGUUGUCAGGACUAUAGACUUGGUCUAAAGAUCAGGUCUAAACUUCUGGGAGAAUUUUUCAGUCCACACGAAGUUUUACCGACCUGCUAGGAUCUGCUUUGUCAGCAAGGCCUUACUUCACUUAUGAUGCAGCUCGUAAACAAAGCCGUGAGAAGAGGAUCAAUGACACAGAAAACUGAAACGAUAUCCAACCCUGAUGCUCACCUGUGGCUUCAGUGUUAAUCAUUAGCAAGACAAGGAAGAACACACUGAUUCAAAUCCUUCUUACAUAGCCAGGCAUAGGCUGGAGUGUCUGCAGUAUUACAACAGCAUGUUUACACGUGCAUGUUUACAUUCUACAUUUACACGACAUGCAGAAAAACUGCAUGCAGAGUGGUCAGUUCUGUUUCUUUAAGUGAGGGGCUUCAUAAUAGUGACAUCAGGAAGAUUAUUUUGUAGAUCAAUUGUGGAAAAAAAGGACAUGGUAGCAGCGUGACAUGUUUCAGGUCAUAUGAAUAAGACUGUACGUCUACGGUACUGUGUGGCUAUCGCAGAUGUGCAAGAUUCGACUUUGACGUAAACAUUCAGGACUGUAAACAUCUGAAUAUAAAGCCUACGUUCAGUGACUGGAUGAUUUAAGAGUCACCAGAGUUUGAGGAGUAAUCUGAGGUUUCAAGGUCAGGAAACUGUGAGAGGUAUUUCUGAAUAAAAAGAAAUACUGAUGAUCCACAGAAACCCUCCCAGCGUUCACAGAGAAAAUGUUUUUUAUGUUCUCCCAUAAUACUCAGAUGUUUCUCUUUUGCUCUUCUUAAGACUUGUUUCUGUUUUUGAUUUAAAUACCAGUGUGGACACUCGUUAUGCUGUUGUUCUAUGAAAUCACCAUAGUCGAGAGGCUCCAGAAAAACUGACGUUAAAAAAGCAGGAAUAUCUGAAAUACGCCUCAAGCUGUGCGCGUGUGUGUGUGUGUGUGUGUGUGUGUGUGUGUGAUUUCACAUCUCAAGGGAGGUCAGUCGUGAUUGAUGGCAGUGAUUAGGCGUCAAUAACAUUCCUGAGGUGAGAAAUUAAACUGCAGAGACUCGACUGUACGUCCUCAGGCUGCUCACUGCUGUUGUGUUUCUGUUCCAUUUACUGUUUCAUAAAAACUCAAACAUGUGCUGCUGCUUCAUUAGAGGAAAUGUAAACUAUACGACACGUUUAAACAGAGCUCAUAGAUUCUAUUCAAACAGAGACGAGCUCUUUUUCAUCUUUAUAAUGUCUGCAGCCUUUCUUCCUUUGGUUGGCUGUUAUAAAUCUGUCAUAAUACGUUGUGUAGGAGUUUUUUUUAAUUUUUUCUAACGGUGGAUGAAACUCAAAGCAUUUUACCUGCGCACUGAAGUCUGUUAUCAUUUGUUUGAACUCCUGUAUCUACUUCAUCGUAAAACUGCUGUUUUCUUAAUGUGAUUGUGAGCAGGUGGUGUCAGGGCUAAUCAUAAAUUGAACUCCAUGUCUUGUUAAUUCUUCAGCAAACAUUUAUUAACACAAUAUCUGAUACUUCUAUUCAAAAUGAACAAAAGUCAAGUAAACACUGGUGUGAAAGCCUGUUUAAAGCUAGGCUGUAAACCUGUUUAUUUUGGCUCUAAAAAUUAGCUUUUUUUUGGACCUUCAGUUUCUGCAGUCAGCCUCAAGUGGACACUCAGGGAACUGCAGUUUCUAGCGGUUACACAUCUGCAGAAGUGCUGUGAGAUGACCUUAUGACCUGAAACCGAGGUUUUCUGAACACAUACAAAAAUGCGGUCAGUGGACACAGGCCCUUAUGCUGUUGAUCGCUAAAGUUGUCCAGUGAGUUUGCAAUUCUUGAAAAAGCUAAGACUGAACAGCAAAGCUUACGAAUCAACGGAAAAAUAAAAGAGCAAACUUGCAGCUGAUAAAACUUCUCACCUUAAUGCAUAAAACAGUGAUGGUUGAGCUCUGCAGCAGAUUGUAACCGUGGUUUUCUUAAAUAUGGAGGCUCUUGAAGUUUUUAGGUUGAUGAGUGAAGGUUUUAAGGAAAGGGAACAAACUUUAAGAAUGCAGUAAUGAGAAGUUCCACUUGAAUCCACGGUUAUUUUGUUAGGUACAUGCAGUAAAGUCAGCAGCUGUGUUAUAUAACAUAUACUGUACAGUAUUUAGCCUUGUGAAAAGAAAACAACCUGUUCUGACCGUCUGUCAUUUACAUUCGUAAAUCUGUUUGCUCUUCCUGAACAAAGACAUUCCUUCUGAGCUGACGGGUAAAUGUUGGGGGGCUGCAGACUGUCUGGCAGACUGACAGAUUGGUGCCUGUAGCUGCAUUUACAGUGUACUCUUCGUAUUAUAUGUCCUGUGUUGAUGUAAAGACGACAGCUGAAGGUGGACUGAUCAGAGGAGACGGGCUGACAGGAAGGGUCUCUGUAAUUACACAAAAAUUACAUGUUUGAGCAAGUCCUGCAUGUUUUCCUUCACUCCUUUAUCUUUACUUUGAGAAGAAUUUAAAAGAAAAUCAUUCAUUUAAUAAAGAAGUUAACACAGGAGUUACUCGUCAGUAUUCAAUAUCUGAUAGACUUAUUUAAGGCUGUUUUGUCUUGAUGUGAUGAUGUGUUUAUUUUAUUUUAUGUAACUCAGCUUCAAACCUCAGCAGAGUUCCUCUUCAUUUACAGCCAUAAAGAUUAAGCGCUUAUGAACAUCUGAUUUUCUAUCACUUCACCUGUUAUUUUACAUUUUAUUUUAAAUCUUCCCACACACCUGCUUUUUUAAGACUCAGUAAAAAAGUUAGUGCCAAAAGCACUUCAUAUUUACAGCUCAUACCUGAACCUUUACAAGCAUGUUUUCUCUAUGUACAGUCUGGAUUAAGGAGCUCAGAGACGCUGCCGGGUGUUAUUAGACACAGAGACUGUUGACACACACACAAACACACACACACACACACACACUCAGUCACUUAUCUAAUGUGAGUACAGGUAAAUCACACAUGCCUGAAUGCUCAGACUCAUAAAAACUCUCAUGUCUCUGCUGUCUGUGUCUCCUCUCUGCAGCAGCCAUGAAAAUAGCAUCUUUUAACAUCCAGAAGUUUGGAAAGAACAAAGUGUCAGACCCAAAGGUGCUCAGUAUCCUGGUGAAGGUAACGUCUAACACACACACACACACACACACACACACACACACACACACACACACACACACACACACACACACACACACACACACACACACACAUUUUUUAGGAAAAUCUGGUAUCAACACAACUCAAAGUUCAUUAUUUUCUCCUUGCCGUCAGAUCAUCUCUCGCUAUGACAUCAUUUUGAUCCUGGAGGUCGUGGACAUCAGCGGGGAGUCUGUAAAAACCCUCAUGGACGCCCUCAACACGUAAGCGUGGGCUCUGUUUUGCUGUCUGUGUCGGGAAAGGGUUCAAAACACCGUUGAACCAAUAACUGUUAUGUGUCUGUGUGCGUCUGUGUGAGUCCAGGUCGAACAGGGAACAUCACUACACUCUGAAGAUCAGCAGCCGUCUGGGCCGAACACGCUACAAGGAGCAGUUCAUGUUCCUGUACAGGUGAGAGUCCAGGAACAAGAUGAGCAACGAAGUGAGAGGAAGUCAAGAAGAAAGCAGUCUGUCGAUUCCUGUUCUUCAGUGAGGAAGAUCAUGUCACACAAACAUCCAUCUGAUUUUUCAGGGCGGACUCGAAACUUUGUGAUUAAUUUUAGGCACAAAAAUCAGCUUUUUAAACACUGAGGGCCUCAAACUUGCACGUGAAUUCUACUGUUAGUGAAAAUUCAACUAAAGAGCUUCAACUGCAAAAAAACAAACCAGAAACAGGUGGUGUGUGAGUCCUCACGCUGAAUGGAGGUUGUAAAAACACAGUAUUUUUAUGCGUUUUGUGCAUUUUGCAGAGAUGACCUGGUUGACUUGGUGGGCUCGUACCAGUUUGAUGACAAAGAGACUGAAGGAGGAGAUGUUUUUGCCAGAGAUCCCUACAUCCUGCGCUUCAGGUGUCUCAAUACAGGUGAGAGGCGUGCACACUAAAGAGGAUGUAGCAGAGAAGAGAAGAGUGAAGGUGUAACUGUGUGUGUGUGUGUGUUUACCUCAGUGCUGAAGGACCUGGUGAUGAUUCCUGUUCACACUAAACCAGAUGACUCGGAGAAGGAGCUGGACGAACUUUACGAUGUUUUCCUGCACGUGAAGCAGAAAUGGAGAACAGAUGUAAGUAUUCAGUGUCAUUAUGAUCACUUUAAGUUAAAAACAGAGUUAAAUACUAACAGUGACUCCCUGCACAGUCAUCUCUACUCAGGGUUGUUAUGAAGCUGAUGUAGAUUCAAAAAGGAAAAACAAAGGAAACGACACCAUGAAGGAUGAAACUGACAGAUUUGAUGUUGUAAUUUUAAAUGCCGUUAACUGUUAAGAUGGUGUAUUUUACUGAAAACCUCUUUACAAGGUCAACAGUGAAAAAGCACAACUAUAACUCAGAUGACUGUUUAAGGAAAGCAAGGCAAAUAUUUUCUUAUAUAAAAAAACUGUGGCAUGUAUAGGACAAGAUCAGCAAGGCUGUGAGUUAAAAAAUAAGUGAUGUGAAUAGAGUAAAACGGAAAAUUUGUGGAAGAAGAGUAAGUCUGCACACGUAACCUGACCAAAGGUUGUCACUCUUGUUUGUUCUCUGAAUAAAAUAAAUAGAAAUAGAAAACAGAAAUAAAAAUAUCUCACCUAUUUUUCGGUUUUGGUGCUCUUCCUCCUCCAGAACGUGAUGAUUCUGGGCGACUUUAAUGCAGACGGUCUGUACGUUUCUAAGAAGGAAAUGAAGGAGAUCAGGAUACGCAGCGACAAGAACUUCCACUGGCUGAUUGCAGACGACGUGGACACCACAGCGAGCAACAAAAAUGACCACACAUACGACAGGUAACACAAAAACUACACAUGCUAACUACCUCUGAAUCUGUAUAGCAGACUGUGUUUAUGUUUAUAAUGUUAGGCAGGCAGAGUUGACUCAUUUUCACCUUUUUUAUGAUAUUUUGGGACAAUUGUAGAGUAGCUUUGCAGGAUUUGCAGCUCAUAAAAUUCCUCUUAUUUCACACUGUUUACUGUGAAAAUGCCUUAUUUCAAUUCUACUUGAAAGGCUUCUAUUUGUUCCCUUUUCUUGUUAUUCAAAUUAGACAAGAAGUUUGUUUUGCUGCUUUGGGGAACUUUAGUAGUUAAGUUAGUAUAAUGGCAGCAGCUUGGUAGGUAACUCUUUAAGGUGACGUACAUUUAGUUUUAACACAUGACUGAAGACAUACUGUGUGUUUCUGUUCUCAGGAUAGUUGUUUAUGGAGAUGACAUGCUCAAAGCUGUGAUACCAAACUCUGCUAAACCCUUCAACUUCCAGGAAGCGUACAAACUCAAUCAGGAGCAGGUCUGUGUUUGAUUUCAUGCUCACACUUCACAGAGAUGGAGUUCAUACAGAAGGUGUUAUUUUCAUGUUUUGCUCUCCAGUCCUGUGCAAACAUGAAUGUGGUAUUAAAGUCAAGAUAAAUUUAAAACUAGAAUAAGAUAAAAGCUCUGUGUAUGAAAAGGAAAGCGUUUGUUGAUCAGUUAAUGACCCUCUCUUUUCAGGCCCUUGAUGUCAGCGAUCAUUACCCUGUGGAGGUGGAGCUGAAGUCCCUGACUAAAACUACACAUGGAGAAGGUAGACAUAACUUUUAACUACUUUUAAAAGAAGUGCAUCUUAAAAUGAAACUUAAAUACGAAAAACACAGUAGAGUCACACGAAUUGGCUGAAGAAUAAUUGAGUAUAUCAAACUUUAUCAUAAUAAAAAAUAACCUAAAUAAUCUUUGUUUUUUUUCCAUGUUUUAGGCGUUUUUAUUUAACCAAGAGAGAUUUGGACAGAAAGAAAGUGUAUGGACUGUUAUUUGGCAUUCCAGGUUUAGUCCAAGGCAAACAGCGCCUUUUUUCUUUUCCUGUAGCUUAGCAAAGAUUUAAAUUAAGGAAAUUAGCUGUUUCACAAACUGGCUGUUUGCUAGACUAGUUCUGCGCUGGACUAGAACCGUGACCUCCUCAGGACAUCUGAUAUCAUACAGUAGAGCUUAAUGCUUGGUUCUGAUAGGUCAAUACUUCAUAGCAACAGUCUGCUAUCAUUCAAUAACAGACUUUAGACUGUUUUAAUCCCCUGAAAGAGGAUAAUUUUGGAUAAUUUUCUGACUAGUUUUAUUGCAGUGAAGCCAAGAAAAAGACGAGGAUGGUGUAGAAGAGACAAGAGAGAUUAAAGGCGUAAUCAAAUUAGUGUUUACGAAAAUAUGUUUUUUUUUCAAAAGUUUGAACCUGACCUCACAUGUUGUUGUAGCUGCAGGACUUAAAGUAUCUUUCCUCUCCAGAUCUUGAUCCACUGAUGGACCUUCAGACGAGACCACCUCGGCUUGUGAUGGUGGACGAGGAUCUGCUGGCGCUGAAGAGAGAGAACCUGCUGCUGGAGAGGGAGAAGCUCAGACUGGAGAUCCAGAUCCUGAGGGCCAAAGUGGCCGAGUUAAAUAGCAGGACUGAAGUUUAAACUGGAAAGUCCAGAUCUGUUCAAAAACACCCGACAGGACCUGAAACCCCGGCCUUAAAUCACAACACACACAGAACCACGAAUCUUCAGCUUGACUGCCACAGUUUAUCCCACUUUGCACACCAUACUCACAGCAAACACUGCAGCUGUUUCAGGCAGAAACCACGUUACCUCAGGUGACAUCUUUGACGCCAUCUUAGCUUGAAUUUUUACUUACUCAGGGUUCAUUUCUUAUUAAUUUAGCUUUUACAGUGAAAGGACAGCUACAGAUAGAAAUUACAGGGAGGAAAGAGGGUCCAGGCAUGGUCCACUUACUGAGCUGUACUUUACUGUAUUCUACUGUUGACUGACACAGCUGUUUCAGUUUGUAUCUGGUCACCUCUAGACUGAAAACUGUUAGGUACUUUUUUAUAAAUAAAACUUUAGACUGUUAA